AUGGCUCCGAAGAAGAAGCCGCCGCCGCAGAAGCGGAGCACCAAGACAAAAUCCCAGUCCCAGCCUUCGUCAUCUUCCGGUCCAAAGCUUCAGAUUUCGGCCGAGAACGAGAACCGUCUGCGUCGGCUAUUGCUUAACUCCGGCCAGUCCACACAGCCUGCUUCGGCGGCGCCACCGGUUCAAGACAAUCUCUCCAAGGCUCAAAAGGCCAAGAAAUUAACCACCAUCUACGAGAAGCUCUCCUGCGAGGGGUUCUUGGACGAUCAAAUCGAACUCGCUCUGUCGUCUCUCAAGGACAGUGCUACAUUUGAGGCAGCUCUUGAUUGGUUGUGCUUGAAUCUACCUGGAAACGAGCUCCCACUGAAGUUUUCUAGUGUAAAUUCGCUUCAUGAAGGAGGUUCUGUAACCGUUAUAUCAACUGCGCGUGAAGGCUAUAUUCAUUCAGAGGAUCCCCCUAGAAAAAGUCAGGAGGAUCUGCAAAAGGUCGCUUUUAGAAUCAAGGAACGGAAGAAUGAGGAAACCCUUGAUUCACGCCAACCAUCACAGGCUGAUUGGAUCAGACAAUACAUGGAGCAGCAGGAAGAGGAUGAAGACAAAACUUGGGAAGAUGAUCUUGAUCCAAGUUUUAGCCUUAAGGAUCCCGAACCAAGGUCCUAUGAUGUUAUUACCAAGGAUUACUACGCAGCAAGGCUUGAAGCUGCAAAAGCCAAGGAUAAGGGGGACAAGAAAAGCCAGGAACAAGCAGGCCAUGUCAUCCGCAAACUCAAGCAAGAAUUAUCUGCUAUAGGACUUUCAGCUGACUUCCUGUCACAAGAAUUUGCUCAUCAGUCUAACUCUCAGGGCAUGCCCGAGAGCUCAUUUUCUCCUACUGUGCAAUACCUUGAAGCAGCACCAUCUGUUGAUUCUGAGGAUGCUUCUCUCCCAACACGGCAAGCAGAGGAAUCACCAAUAUGUGGAACUGAUAUUGAAUGUUCAAGCUCUGCUGAGGACCUGUCCAAACCUGUUUCGUAUAGUGAACUUGAUCCUGAAAAGGAUGUCCUGGGUACUGAUUCAGAAGAAGUGGAGCUUGGUGGCUUCUUUCUCGAAGAUUCUGCACCUAAUGAAUUGAUAGCUGCUGAAGUAUUGGAAUUUCAGAAGAAGGAGAGAAUAAAAGAGUUAUGGAGCGGCAAGAAUCUGGAAAAGUUAGAAGGCAUUUGGAAAAAGGGCGACCCUCAAAAGAUUCCUAAAGCGGUUCUUCACCAACUCUGUCAAAAAUCAGGUUGGGAAGCACCUAAAUUUGAGAAAGUGUAUGAGGAAAAGCAAGGCUUCUUCUAUUCUGUUAGUGUAUUACGCAAAGCUAGUGGAAGGGGCAAAAACAGAAAAGCUGGUGGCUUGGUUACUGUUCAGCUUCCCAACCAGGGUGAAACGUUUGAAUCUGUUGAGGAAGCUCAGAACAGAGUGGCUGCAUUUGCUCUUCAUGAACUCUUUCCUGAUCAUCCAGUUCAUCUAGCAAUUACUGAGCCUUAUGGUUCUCUUGUAGUGAAGUGGAAAGAGGGAUCUUCAAGUGAAGUCGAAGCCAGGGUAGAGGACAGAAGGGCUGGUUUUGUUGAUCAAUUAUUGAGUUCCAAUGGCUCUAGUUCAAAUGCAGUUGUAGCAACCAAUAUCUUCACUGAAACAUUGAAGAACUCAGCGGUAGAAGGAACUAACAGUUUAAGUGAUUCCCGUACUGAUCUGGAAAUAAGAAGAGUGAGUCACACCAAAGAUGGGGAAAGUUACCAUUUGAAACGAGAGCAAGAUAAGAAAAAGAAAAUGCAGAAGUACAAGGAGAUGGAAAAGGCCAGAGGUACUCUGCCUAUUACUGCUCUAAGGAGUGAAAUCCUGCAAGUUCUGAAGGAGAAUGAUGUUGUCGUUGUUUGUGGGGAAACUGGUUCUGGGAAGACUACCCAGGUCCCGCAAUUUGUAUUGGACGACAUGGUUGAAUCAGGAUGUGGUGGACACUGCAGCAUUAUAUGCACACAGCCACGAAGAAUAGCGGCUAUUUCUGUAGCUGAAAGAGUUGCUUAUGAACGGUGUGAAUCUUCCCCCGGCAUGAGUGGCUCAUUGGUUGGUUAUCAAGUUCGGUUAGACAGUGCCAGGAACGAAGGAACAAAACUUCUAUUCUGUACGACAGGCAUCCUUCUCAGGAAGCUUCUGGCAGACCAAAAUUUGACCGGCAUAAGUCAUGUCAUAGUUGAUGAAGUGCACGAGCGUUCCAUUCUGGGUGAUUUUCUCCUCAUUGUUUUGAAGAACCUAUUGGAGAAGCAAACUUCUUAUGGUCUACCCAAACUGAAAGUUAUUCUGAUGUCUGCGACAGUUGAUUCAAAUUUGUUCUCUAGUUACUUUGGGCACUGCCCUGUACUAACCGCACAAGGCCGCACACAUCCUGUGACAACCUACUUCCUUGAGGAUGUAUAUGAAAGUGUGGACUACCGCUUGGCUUCCGAUUCUCCAGCUGCUUUAAGACAACACUCAUCUGGAAAGAGUGGUCCAGUUGAUAACCACAGAGGAAAGAAGAAUCUUGUCUUAUCUGGGUGGGGUGAUGAUUCUGUGCUCUCAGAAGACUGCAUCAAUCCUCACUUUGCAUCAGAGUUAUAUCAAUCCUACAGCGAGCAGACACAACAAAAUUUGAAAAGAUUGAAUGAAGCUGCCAUUGAUUAUGAUCUUCUUGAAGACUUGGUAUGCCAUGUGGAUGAAACAUUUGAUGAGGGUGCAAUACUCGUUUUUUUGCCUGGAGCAUCAGAAAUUUACAUGCUACACGAUAGAUUGGUUUCUUUAUCUCGCUUUAGUGGAUCCUCCUCAGAUUGGAUACUUCCACUCCACUCAUCCAUAGCAUCAACAGAGCAAAAAAAGGUCUUUUUGCGUCCUCCCGACAACAUACGGAAGAUCAUCAUAGCAACAAAUAUUGCAGAGACCAGCAUAACAAUAGAUGAUGUGGUUUAUGUAAUUGACAGCGGAAAGCACAAAGAAAACCGUUAUAAUCCUAAAAAGAAACUGUCGAGUAUGGUUGAAGAUUGGAUUUCUCAAGCAAAUGCAAGGCAACGACGGGGGCGGGCUGGUCGUGUAAAACCUGGUGUUUGCCUUUGCUUAUAUACCCGUCAUCGCUUUGAGAAACUAAUGCGACCUUACCAAGUUCCUGAAAUGUUACGAAUGCCUUUGGUGGAGUUGUGCCUACAAAUUAAGUUGCUUUCGCUGGGCCACAUAAAGCCUUUCCUGUCAAAGGCUUUAGAACCCCCGACCGAAGAGGCUAUUACCUCUGCAAUCUCAUUGUUAUAUGAGGUUGGAGCCGUAGAAGGAGAUGAAGAGUUGACGCCACUGGGGCACCAUUUAGCAAAACUCCCUGUUGACGUGUUGGUUGGAAAGAUGAUGCUAUACGGUGCAAUAUUUGGUUGUUUAUCGCCGAUUCUCUCGAUUUCUGCAUUUCUGAGCUACAAAUCCCCAUUUGUAUACCCCAAAGAUGAGAAGCAAAGUGCUGAGAGAGCUAAACUCGCUUUGUUGGCCGAUAAAGUAGAUGGCUCGGCUGAUUCAAAUGGGAAUGAUGGGCAAUCUGACCACCUUCUGAUGAUAGUAGCAUACAGAAAAUGGGCUAAGAUUUUGCAUGAGAAAGGUGUCAGAGCAGCAGAACGAUUCUGCAAUACAUACUUUCUAAGCAGCUCGGUUAUGUACAUGAUUAGAGACAUGAGGGUUCAAUUUGGAACGUUGCUAGCUGACAUUGGGCUGAUUAAUCUGCCGAGCAGUCGUCAGGCCCAGAAUGCAGUGAAAAAGAAAGAGGAUAUUGACCGUUGGCUGUCCCAGACUUCUCAACUGUUCAACAUGUACUCUCAUCACUCUUCGAUCGUGAAGGCGAUUCUGUGUGCAGGAUUGUACCCCAAUGUGGCUGCAACAGAUCAAGGUGUUGUCUCUUCAGCUCUUAACAAUCUGAAACAGUCCCACGGUUCAACGAGUAAAGGUCUUCCAAUAUGGUAUGAUGGACGAAGAGAAGUCCGUAUACACCCUUCUUCCGUCAAUGCCAACUUGGAGACUUUUCAGUACCCAUUUGUUGUGUUCCUUGAAAAGGUCGAGACAAACAAAGUGUUCCUCCGAGACACAACCGUCAUAUCUCCGUUCUCUCUGUUGCUGUUUGGUGGCUCCAUCAACAUUCAGCACCAGAGUCGACUGGUGACAGUAGAUGGAUGGCUGAAACUCACAGCCCCAGCACAAACAGCGGUGCUGUUCAGGGAACUGCGUCGGACUCUUCAUUCUUUGCUGACAGAGCUAAUUCAGAAGCCAGAGAAAUCAGGUAUUGUGGAGAAUGAAGUGGUGAAAUCUAUGGUGCAUUUGUUGGUGGAAGAGGAGAAACCUUCCAAAUGA